GAACGCAGAAGGGAAAAUCCACUUUGCGCUGCGAUGUUCUUUUCAGACAAUUAGGAUAUUGUUAAAAGCACACUUUCUCCUAACCAACCAAAACUAGGAUUUCAAGUAUAUUAGAGAACAAUCAAUUAAGUUUCGCGGCGUAUUCACGUUUUAUUUGUUUUCAAAAACUAUUUUAUAUUCAAAUUCAAGUCACGCUACAGCUCAUACAGUGCACAGUGGGAUAAAAUGGUAUAAAACGCGAAUAAAUUCAAUAUCUCUGCUCGGAGUGGAUGGAUUCGAAUGAAUUUUUGACACUAACUGUAAAAAUAUCUACAGUUUCAGAUAAGGUGGGUGUCAUUCGCGGCACGAUGCUGGAAAUCAGUGUAUUUAGCUCGUUUUACCCCACUCUCUCUAUCACACACCUUUUUGAGAAAAUCCUCGUCUAUCCCCGACUGGCGCGCAAAAUAAAUGACUUUGUUAGCGACGCAGCCCCGUGUUUGGCAACUCUGCCGAAUACUGAUCGUUCCUGUACAACGGAGACAGCGAGGAUGGAUGCACUGAAAGGCGGCUUGCAGUAAUGACAAGCAUAAAAAUGUUUUUAAAUUUACCAUGGCAAAACAUGAUCAUCGACCCAGCAACGCUUCUUGUGUGCGUUUUGUUUCUUCUCACAUCAACUGGUUCGAUAGCCGAGUGGUAGCGUGCGAGCCUGGUGAUGUAAAGGUUCUUGGUUCGAAUCCGGUUGCCAACAGACACUUUUUUAAAUUGAAAAUCGGGUUCAUGGUAAAAUUGAAAACAUAAUUCUGUUGAAUUGAAACGAAACUCAGUCUGCACAAAUUUAGUGGCGUUGUGUAUUUAAGUUGACCCUCAGAAUAGUAAUUUUCACCGCAAGCCGCCGUUCAGUGUGGUAGACUUCGGAGACAACAAUAGAAUAUAAAUGCGUAUAGAUGGUGAUGUUGCACAUGCUCUCAUUGUGAAAUUAAUUAGUGAAAUUCUAAUUUAGAAUUGAUUAGAUUAUCGCUUUAGAGGUGUGGAUAGAGUGCUGAUUGUGGGUGUAUCAGAUAGUGUAAUUUUUGAGUGGAUUGAAGAUAUGCUUGGAGUCGAAAAGUGGGCCAAGUAUUGAUAGGUUGGACUGUAUAAUUAUGCUUGUGAACCCAAUAUGCUUAAGAUUGAACUCUUUCCCUAUAGCAAUCCUAGGAGCCAAAAUUACCCGUAAAUUGAAUCGCAAAUCAGCUUGCGAGCUGGCUGGAAUUGAGUAUGACACUAUAUUUUGUAUUAAGCUAUGAUGGACCUUCAAUUGUAUUCUUAUAAUCCAUUUUAGACUGAGCAAGCAGCAAUCACUCGAUUUGUUCGCGGAAGAAAUUGUAACUAGGGUGAACCGAAUUUCUUUAAGCGUUAUGCUCUAAAGAGUCGGCCUUAUUCUUUCCCGAACAAAAAUCUUAAAGAAAUUCGGCACAGAAUGUCGAAUUCAACUUCUGAAGCUGAAGGCUCCGAUGGCUACAAGUGCGCUGGAUGUGAUCGACCCGACACCGCCGACGACAUCGUACAGUGUGACAAAUGCACUGCUUGGUGGCAUUUUUCAUGCGCUAAGGUCGAUGACUCUGUAGCCAACCAAACCAAUUGGAUAUGCGUCAAAUGUUUAUCUCCGCCACCACCACCUCGAUCGGUAUCGAUUAGAACGACGUCGUCAAACCGAAGAGCCCUGCUGGAUAUUAGCCUACAGCGACUGGCAGAGGAGAAAGAGUUGCGGAAAAAAGAGCUCGCAAUAGAGAAGGAGUUUAUGAAGGCUAAGUACGAUCUCAUGGAGCAGUGUGCGCUAGACGAGGAAGCUGAGACUCGCAGCGUGCGUAGCCGUAUAGAGCGAAUUGAAUCCCGCGAACGAGAGAAACAUGUACACGAUUGGGUAGGGCAGGUAGCAGCGUCGCUCCAAGAGAGCAGAUCGCUCACCGACCCGAAGAUCCCCUCUAUCGCCCAUGACCCUUCAACGAACCCCACCAACCGCUCGCCGAACGAGGAAGAAGGUGCUGUAGGCACAACAAAAACAAACGCCGAUCCCAAUCGUUCUCUGCCGACCAUUAUUUCGCUGGAUCAAACUGAUGACGUCAUUAACGACAAGUUGGGUGAGGUGAAUGAACUUGAUCUAAACAAGCAUCCACCGAAGCGCGCAGUUGUUGUUAGACGGAGCCAAAAAGGACGCGAAGAAAGGGUGACCAAGGCAGUUCCAUCCGACUUGCAGCUUCUGAAAUCACAGCUGCAGAGGCAACAGGAAGCAUCAAAGGUUGACCGUCAGGCCCUGCAAGAUCUCCAAGAAGAGCUGCGAAAAUGUCAGCUACAGCUACAGCAGCGUCAACCGCCACCGGUGGCCGAAGCGCUAUGGCCACUUCGAGACGUAUCAAAAGGAGCAAUUCCUAGGACUACUUCGUCAAUUCCUACUAGGCCAGUACCAGUGGAGAUUCCGGAUCACCAGUUCACUGCAGUUCCAGCUAGAGUAGCCGGAAAUCCAGUUCCCGUUUGUGACACUCGCGAGUGCAGUUGGACAAACCCAUUCCAACCGGAAGGUUCCGGAAUACGUGAACAAUCGCGAAUGAAUUUCGCACGAUCAACGGAUAUUGGUCAAGCCAGUACUCCGCAGCAACAGCAAUCAGGUGCUCAAGCACCGGCGGUAGAUCCGUUGUUUCUGGAAGUGCGUCGACCGUCACCAGAACAGCUCGCGGCCAGACAGGUGAUGCCCAGAGAUCUUCCUGAUUUCUAUGGCGAUCCAAAAGAUUGGUCGUUAUUUAUUAGUAAUUUCCGCAACAGUACUUCGGCUUGUGGGUUCAGUAGGGUCGAAAACCGGGCACGACUCCAGCGUUGCCUAAAAGGCAAUGCAUUAAAAUCGGUACGGUACAAAUUGCUGAAUCCGGACACUGUUCCGGAGGUAAUCCACACGCUUCAAACGCUGUAUGGACGGCCCGAAGUUAUAAUUAGUAAGCUGAUUAGAACCGUUCGGGAGGCCCCUUCACCGAAAUCAGAACGUUUGGAAACCCUGAUAGAUUUCGGCAUGGCUGUCAGGAACCUGGUCAGCCACCUUAUCGCCGCAGACCAGCGUAAUCAUCUCUCCAAUCCUGUUCGACUACAAGAACUGGUGGAGAAACUGCCCUCCGGUGUGAAGAUGCAGUGGGCUCAGCAAUUGAUCCAGUUCCCAGAUGCGAACCUGCAAACCUUCAGCACCUUUAUGUCAGCCGUGGUGGAAUCGGUGAGCAAGGUAGUUUUGUACACCGGUAAUCAAAGCUACAGACCAGAGAAGCCAAACUCCAAGGAAAAGGGAUAUUUUCACUCGCAUGUGGAAACUGCCGAUAUUGCGCGAUCGGCUCAACGCAAAAAUGAAGCUUUUAGAGCCUGUCCGGUCUGUGAAAAGGGCAAUCACCGUGUCAAGGACUGCGAAUCGUUCCAGAAAAGUAGCGUCGAUAGUCGGUGGAAAACUAUCUCUGCCUUGAAACUUUGUCGCUGUUGCUUAGGCCAACACGGGCGAAGACCGUGUAGGAGUUCAGCUAAAUGCGAAGUCGAUGGAUGUCAGUAUCGUCACCAUCCCAUGCUACACGCUUCGACGCCGGCGAGAACAGGAAACUCUUUGUCCACUGAAGCAACGGAAAAUCACACAUACCAUCACUGUGGGCAAUCCGUACUUUUUCGCAUAAUUCCGGUAACAGUACGAGGUCCGUCGAAUUCCAUUGAUACCUUCGCCUUCCUGGACGAGGGUUCGUCGGCCACUUUGGUGAAAAAUGGUCUAGCAAAGCAGUUAGAUCUACAAGGCCCCGUAAUCCCUCUGUGCUUAAAAUGGACUGCCGAUAUUACACGCUCCGAAGACAGCUCGCAAAUCGUCUCACUUGACAUCUCCGAGUUAGGCUGCCAGGAAAGAUAUCGCUGAACAAUGCCAGAACC